AGGAAGUGGGCAGGAGUGAAUGCUCUCGCUUCCGCUGUUCGCUUUUGACCGUCUGUAACAACAGCAGCAUCAGACAACAGAUAACCUAAUGAUGGAAGAAUUUGAAGACGGUGAAGUUCCUUCUGCUGAGGAACUGGUUCAAUGCAACACCUGUAAAAGAUGUUUCUUCCCCAAAGUCCUGGAGAAGCAUGCUAAGAUCUGCCAUAAGUCAACAACCAAAAGGAGGAAGGUUUUUGACUCCAGCAGACAGAGAGCGGAGGGCACAGACAUCCCAACACUCAAACCCAUCAAACCAAAGUCACAAAGUUCAUCUUCUACUGAGAAAGCAGAACCCCCUAAGAAGCCAUCCAACUGGCGUAAGAAACAUGAGGACUUCAUUGCUACCAUCCGGGCUGCCAAGGUCCUCACUCAAGUCAUGAAGGAUGGGGGACCACUACCCCCACCUCCUCCUCCUACUUAUGACCCAGACUAUGUCCAGUGUCCCUGUUGUCAGCGGCGGUUCAACCAGAGUGCAGCUGACAGACACAUCAAGUUCUGCCAGGAGCAGGCCGCUCGUAUGCCCAACAAGAGCAAGUUAGGAGAUCCCAAGAAGCCUCCUGCUCGCACACAGUGUAAGCCUCCUGCUUCUGUAAAGAAAGCCAACACUCCUGCUGCGUCAACCAUCCCUUCAGCCUCCUCUCGUUUACCCCAGAGAUCAGGCCUCGGACAGCCCACUGGAAUCCCAUCUAGUAAAAUCUCUUCUGCAGGUUCAGUGAGGAGUAGUCCUUCUGGGCUCACAAGCCCUCCAUCAGGUGUGGGAAGUAAGACCCGAGCACUGAGCUCUGGCCUUGGAUCUGUGAGGAACAUUCCAUCUGGAAUAGGACUCAACAAGAAGAAAGUAGACACCUACAUAUCUAGGAAUGAUAUUGAUGGCGGGAAUGAAGUUGGCAACGGCGGGGUGAGGAGCAAGUUCUGUCAUGCUUGUGGGACCAAGUAUCCUGUUGAAUCCGCCAAAUUCUGCUGUGAGUGCGGGGUCAGAAGGAUGUGUAUCUGACAGAAGGUUGGAGGAAGGAGACUCUAAAAAAAAAUAUGGAUGCACCGCUACUCAAACUAGCAUCAGAGAGUUUCACCAAAGCUGAUAAGAAUUGUAAAACAUAGUUUGGAGUCUGUAUUUUCCACACUUGGCUUCUAAAUGUUCUUCAGUCUUGCUGGUCUAUUCCACUGUAUGGACCAACAAACCAAUAAGUAAAUCCAAAUCAAGCUAUUAAGGCUAGGGGUUACUAUAGUUAGUUAAUAUCAAUUUUUUUGUGCAGUUUUUCUGAAUACUGUACAUUUAGUAUAAAUAGUAGAAAUCCUGCCAUUUUCAAACACAAAUGUAACAACCGUCAUCUACAAUACAUUUUGCGUUUAGGUACUAUGAUUUAUUUAGACUGGAGGCUGAUGGAUCUCGGCAGUUAACUGAUCUGUUAUAAAGUUUUGUAAAACUGUUUUAUCAGUAGCUGAUACGGCUGACGUAAAAAAAAAAAAAAAACGUAGCUCAUUAGCUUUUAAUUAGCUCCCUUCUUAAAACAUUACUGCUGUUUCCACCAGCUCAUACACAUGAACAUUAUUGCCGUGAAACUAGAGUCUGCAUUAUUACAAAAACUUCAUUUUAUUGUCACUGGACAAUAAUUAAUAAUAAUUACCCUACAGAGCAGUUUCAAUAUCAACGAUUCAAAGCUAUUGGUGCCUCCUUUGAUAAGGUUAGAGAAGAGAUGAGUAAGAAAGUAAAUAACAACUAAGACGUGGGUUGUUAAUGUGACAAAGGGAGUAAAGGAUAAUUGUUGGGUGACUCAUUAGAGGUGUGUAUGGUGGCCCCUGUAUCUCAGUCCCCAGUCAACCGUGAUCUGAAAUACAUUCCUUAAUCCCAUUUGGCCCUGCAUCCUCACAAACAGAAUAUGUUCGUUAUGAAGUGCAAUAUGAUUGACUACUGAAGAAAACAAUGUGGUUUUGAAAGGAAAUGUGUUGGAAUUUUGGAAGGAUAUCACCUUGUUUUGACAGGGACCAGUCCAAAAAUGAACUAGCUGUUAAAUGUCAGUGCUCCCUUUAAGUUCACUUUACAUGCAAAGUUUGUUUCCAGCUAUCUCAAUGUUACCACCAUAGGCCUGACAUUUCUAGACAAAUGUAGCAUUUACUCAAACCCUUUUAUUCCCACUAAUUUUAUACAUUGUAAUGAGUUAUUUAUUUUAUAAUUCCCUUUCAUUUGUACUGAAUGAACAAUGACUGCACCUUUUUUGUUAACACUCUACACAAAUAAAAUGUGUUUUUAUUUGGA